UUGGGCACCUACAUCCCGAUCCCCGGGAUCGACCCGGUGGUGCUCGACGAGGUGUUCCAGCAGCAGGCCGGCGGUAUCCUCGGCAUGUUCAACAUGUUCGCCGGCGGCGCGCUCGGGCGCAUGACGAUCUUCGCGCUCAACAUCAUGCCGUACAUCUCGGCGGCGAUCAUCAUUCAGCUGAUGACGACGGUCUCGCCGCAUCUCGCCCAGCUCAAGAAGGAAGGCGAGGCCGGGCGCAAGAAGAUCAAUCAGUACACCCGCUACGGCACCGUCUUCCUCGCCGCGCUGCAGGCCUUCGGCAUCUCCUCAGGCCUCGAGGGCUACAGCGGCCAGAGCGGCGAUCUGGUGCUGGAUCCGGGUGGCUUCUUCCGCUUGACCACGGUGGUGACGCUGACCGGCGGCACGAUCUUCCUGAUGUGGCUCGGCGAGCAAAUCACCGCCAGAGGGGUCGGCAACGGCAUCUCGCUCAUCAUCUUCGCCGGCAUCGUGGCGGAGCUGCCGGGCGCGCUCGCGAGCACGCUGGAGCUCGGCCGCACCGGUGCGAUCUCCGCAGUCGUGAUCAUCGCGCUCUUCGUCAUGGCGGUCGCCGUCAUUGGUUUCAUCGUCUUCAUCGAGCGGGCGCAGCGACGAAUCGUCGUGCAAUACCCCAAACGCCAGGUGGGGCGGCGGAUGUUCGGCGGCGAGAGCACCCAUCUGCCGUUGAAGGUCAACACCGCCGGCGUGAUCCCGCCGAUCUUUGCAAGCUCGAUCCUGCUGCUGCCGAUCACCGCGCUCAGCAUCAACGCGGGCUCCGGGCCCGAGUGGCUGACGGCGCUGACCAGCUAUCUCGGGCGCGGCCAGCCCAUCUACAUAAUCAUCUAUGCGGCGGCGAUCAUCUUCUUCACGUUCUUCUACACCUCCGUCGUCUUCAAUCCGGAAGAUACGGCCGACAAUUUGAAGAAGAACGGCGGCUUCAUACCCGGAGUCCGUCCGGGCAAGAACACGGCGGAAUAUCUCGACUAUGUGCUGACCCGGUUGACCUUCUGGGGCGCGCUCUAUCUCACUUCCGUGAGCCUCUUGCCUGAGCUUCUGAUUUCGCAAUAUGCGGUGCCGUUCUAUUUCGGGGGCACGAGUCUGCUCAUCGUCGUCACCGUCACCAUGGAUACGGUGGGGCAAAUCCAGUCCCAUCUGCUCGCGCAUCAGUACGAAGGGACUGAUCAAGAAGGCGAAGCUGAGGGGGAGCCGGCGUUGAACCUGAUCCUUCUCGGCCCACCGGGGGCGGGCAAGGGCACGCAGGCACAACGUUUGGUCGAGCGCUUCGGCAUCGUUCAGAUCUCCACGGGCGAGAUGCUGCGGGCGGCGGCGAAGGCGGGCACCGCGCUCGGUAUCGAGGCCAAGGCGAUCAUGGAGGCCGGCGAGCUUGUGCCGGACGACCUGAUGGUCGCCCUGAUCGCCGAGCGGAUCGAGCAGCCGGACUGCGCCAGCGGGUUCAUCCUCGACGGCUUCCCGCGCACGGUGGCGCAGGCCGACGCACUGGACUGCAUGCUGGCCGAGCGCGGGCUUGCGCUCGACAAGGUGGUAGCCAUCGAGGUCGAUGAGGAGGCGCUGAUCGAGCGCAUCGUCGGACGGUUCUCCUGCGCCGACUGCGGCGCCGGCUAUCACGACCAAUUCAACCGGCCCAGCACCGAGGGCGUUUGCGAUCAGUGCCGGGGUGCGAACUUCACGCGGCGGGCGGAUGACAAUCGCGAAACCAUGACCGCGCGUCUAGCCGCCUAUCGCGAGCAGACGGCCCCGAUCAUCCCCCACUACGAGGCCGGCGGGCGCUUCGCCAGGAUCGACGGCUCGGGCGGCAUCGACGCCAUCACGGCGGCCAUCGUUGCCGCCCUCGAAGACGCCGGCGCGGCGGGCGGGCGCUAG